ACGCGAGUGUUGCUGCCGAGCUUCGAUAUACUUGAGGAGCCGCAACAAGCAGCUGUGAGAAACGUCGUCGUCGUCGUCUUCGUCGCCGCCGCCGCCGCCGCCGCUGUCGCCGUCGUCGCCGACGGCAGAAAAGAGAAGCCAUCGUGCUCCGGGGAGGAAAGAGGAGGAUCUCGCGUCGUGCUCCGACAUCGACGGAGGCUUCGGAUAGCAGAACGACACUCGUCGCCCGUCGAUCUCUCUACGCCGGUCUCCGCAUAGCUCUCUUUCUCUCCCUCUCUCUCUCUCGUUCGCUCGCUCGCACGCAACCCCCGCCGUCUUCGGGACACCCGGCGCCGUUGCAGCAUCGUACUCGCUCCGUACUACUCGCGGUGCGCGAAGGAAACGAGAGGAACGCGAGGCCCCCGUCGGGUCUCGAAAGGGAGAGAGCGAGGGAACGAAAAAAAAGGCAGUUCAGAGACGAGCCGUCCGCGACCACCCUUCCCGUCGUGGGACGUCCCCGGGGCAUCUCCCGUGUCUCCGAGGGCGACGAGCAUCGCUCGCCUGUCAUCGCGAUAGCAGCGGCCCUCCAGGAUUACCCGGAACCCGGUUAGUCGAGGCCCGAGGUGCCCGAGGAACAUUGCUGGAGGGUGUAACGAAUAACCAGCAAUGAGUACCACGGAUCCCACCGGGGAGGGCGGAGGAGGGGGAGGAGGAGGGGAGGGUGCUACGACGACAAAUGCCGAACAGAACGCGUCUCCGAGCGCGCCGAUCACCGGUGCGGCGGUGCCGGUGCAGGCGGCCGCUCAGCAACAACAGCAGCAACAGCAACAACACCCGCCGCCGUCGCCCUUGAGUGGCUGCUACCUCCUCGUGGUGCUUCCUGAGCCUCAUACCGCACAGCACAAGGAUCUGAUUCUGAACCGCCUCGCGAAAGGUUUUCUAUCAUGGGACAAGGACAGUUGUCACGUCGAUCUGGAGAAGGAAUUAUUGGCCUUAGUAGCACAAGCCCCCGAAGGCGAAGAAGCCAGAAACGGCGAAAGAUUGAUCCAAUAUGCCACCGAGAACCUCGUAACGGAAGUUCUCAUUCACCCGCAAACGAAUACGUUAUUGCAAUGUAUUCGCAAUCUCCUGGCUAGUUUCACGAAGCAUCGGCACAUCAUACACGCUGGAUACACAUUUGGUGGCAAUGGUUCCUGGAUAUUGCAGGAUGGAACCUUUAGUCUCGCAGACUUUUUGGAUGCAUUCAGCGAGCAUGAGGUGCAAAGGGUUCUUCGUGCCUAUGAGAAUAGCGUUACCGUAGAUAUACAUUGUGCAGGUGUCGGCGAUUGGACGACAAGUCGAUUAUCGAAGGAGGCUUGUUGCAGAUCAUGCAGAGUCAGGGUGAAUCCUGACGAUGUUCUCACAGCCGGCGUACCAGCCAUCACGAGUUUCACGAACUACAUCGGACAGUAUCUCGUGUCGCAGACACUGGACCAGCUCAUGGAACCGUCCGACGUCGUUGGAAACAUUAGAUUUAGUCAUCCGACUUUAUACGUCUUCCCCGGUGGGCAAGGUGAUGCCGCGCUUUUCGGUAUAAACGGUUUCAACAUGCUCGUCGACGGCGGCUUCGCCAGGAAAGCCUGCUUCUGGGACUUCACCAGGCACCUGGACCGAUUGGACGCAGUUCUAAUCACUAGGAUAAAUAAUAGCAACAUCGGCGGCAUGUUCAGUGUUCUUCGUAAGAAAAAGGAUAUGCACGUCUACCCUCAGAUCGGCCAUUUCUUCUGUAACUUAGUCGAAAGAAGACAAUCAAAUUCACCUGAUGGCGACAAAGACAUCGAUCCUCUCAUUCUCAAUCUCACCGAUAUUGGUCAAGAGAUGGUGUUGAAUCUUCGGCACAUUAAUCUCCGUGCUCAUCCGUGCUACAGAGAUCCCGAUCCGAUUAAUCUCUACCACAAGGUGGGCCACGGCACCCUGGAUAUGUACGUUCUCAGUCCGAGUAAGGACAGCCGCGAAGUGCGUGAGUUCUUGGCGAAGUGGCACACGUCGGACUCGAAACUGUUCGCCGGCUCCCACAAGAAGGACACGAACAAUCUGACAUUUCCGAUUCAGAAUCUCGUGUCGAUAUGCGCGCUUCUGGUUUGGCAGCCAGCCAAUCCCGAGGAUAAUAUCACGCGAAUUCUCUUCCCCGGCAGCACGCCGCAGCACAAGAUUUUCGAAGGUUUCGAGCGACUGAAGCAUCUGGAUUUCUUGAAGCAUCCGGUAUGUUCGGCGAAAACACUAUCACCGUCGACGUCCUUGGCGACACUCAGGGACAAACCUGCUAAGCAGAAAUUCAGCCUUAUCGAGAAGGAGCCAAGGAAAAUCUCGGAAUUGAAAAAGGAAAAGAGAGAGCCAUCGGAGCCGAAAUCCAUUAAAGCUGGGGACGAGACUGUGUCUAAAACUCCUCAGUCGACGCCGAUUAUCCCUACGAGCAAACCUAAAGCCGAGAUAAAGACGAAGAAAGUCGCGGAGAACAAGAAGAUCGAGACCGAUGCGAAGGAGAGUAAGAAGAUCGAGAAGGAACUGAAAGAGGUAAAGAAGGAGCCAAAGAAGGAAGCGGUCAAAACGGAGAAGCCCGAAAAGGACGAUAUCAAAAAGACUGAUCUAAUCAAACCGGAAUCCGAGAAGACUGCACUCAAGGAACCUAAAGAACCUAAGGAACCUAAGCCGAAACCAGAGCCGAAGAAGAAAGAAGCGAAAGAGAGUAAGACUGCGGUGAAACCAGAAGUGAAGAAAAGCGAAACAGUUUCGAGACCGAAGAGAGUGAAGCCUCCCGGUACGGAGAAGAAAGACUCCGUGAAAUCUUCGCCGACUACGCCGAAGAAGACUCUGAAUGGCGCCGCCACGAAGACGGAAAUAUCGAAAGUCGUGUCGAAGGCGAAACCGGCGGCUAAGGCUGCUCCUAGUCUGCCGGCGAAGAGCGCUAAGGAGGCGAACAACAGGAAGGUGGUGGAACAGAAGAAAUCCGAAGUCGAGAAAUCCGCCGUGAAAGACACCGCGGCGCCCGCCGUCAAGGCAAAGCCUAAGCCGAUAGACAGGAAACCGAUUAGUCGUCGCGCGAAGCCGAUCAGCCCGAGCAAGGCUCGUUUGCCGGGCAGUCCGGCGAAAUCGACUCGCAGCACGCCGACUACGUCCGUAAAAUCGGACAAGGACGGCGUUAUACGCAAAGUGAAGGGCGACAAAGGCACCACCGACUCGUCCACGGUCUCUACUCCGUCUGGCAUAGAGCCCGAGGUUGUAAAACCGAUCGACAAGAGUUUAAUCGAGCAAUCCGAGGACAUUUCACUGGAUUCUAUAGAAAGUAAAGUGCUGGCAGAUCUCAAGGAGGAGCGAGAAGUCGUCGAGGAAAUCGAAGCCGUUUUACAAAAGGCGGAAAGAAUCGAGGAGAUUCGUAAGGACGAUCGCUUCGAGGCGGAUGAUGAAAUUACUGCCGAAGCCACCGAUAAGAAGGAAGAGGAUAUCACGGAGGAAGAUGUCACCGCCGAAAUUGAGGAUGCGCCCAAGAAGGAAAGUUCUAGAAAAGAAAGCCAGGAAUUGACCGAAGAGGACGAGUAUCUCAUCGUGGAGAAAGAGGAGAUCUACACCGAGGAUUCCGCUCAAAGCGGCGAGGGCGAACAGAAGCAUGUACUCGACGAGGCCGAAUCGGAGAAGGCAAAGAUCUUGAAAGACGUGGAGGAGAAGGGUGAAAAGGAGGAGCCUGAGGAAAAGGGAAAAGAUGAAACUCCGGAAAAGAAGGUCGAGAAAGUUGCGCAUAAAGACGAGGAGCCGGCUAAAAUAUCUCUGGAACACAAGGAACAAUUGCAGGAGGAAGUAAAAGAGAUAAUAGCCUCCGCGGCUGAAAUCGUGCAGAAAGUCGAAGAGAAGGAGGACUCGGGUAAAAAGGACAGCGAGGACAUCACGAAGGAACCGUCCAGCCUGAGCCCGGACAAAUUAGACUCGUCGGAGAAAAAGACCACCGAUACAGACAUGAAACCGGAUGUCGAUCAGAAGGAGCAGGUCCUCGAGAAAAUGGAAGAAUCUCAGGAGAGAAUCUCGACGAUAGAAUCGGGGGCGACCACCACCGCGCCGACUUUACCCGAGGACGAGCGAAUACCGUUGGACGAAAUAAAAGAGGACAUCGAUGAGAAACACGUGAUCGAAGAGGUGAAGGAGAAGGAUUCCCCCGCGAAGCCGGAAGAGGAGGAAAUUCCGGAAACCGUUCCCGUGCCGGCCAAGCCGGAAGUCAAGGUAUUUGAUGUUCGUCAGGCGAUGCAAAGCCUGCAAAGGGACAUCGUUAAAACACCCGACGAAGUCGCCGAUCUUCCAGUUCACGAGGAAGUCGAUCCUAAGCUCUACAGGAUGGAAGAUUUUGAGAAAGGAAAGGAGGAGAAGCCGUCACCGACUCCGCAGGAGGUUAAAGAGCCGCCCACACCGCCGGUGAAGGAGCAGAAGGGUGUCUUCAGCUUUUUCGGCAAGGUGGCGGAUAAAUUCGAGAAAGGCAUCGACAAGUUGACGAAAAAAUCGAAGAAAGACGGCGAGAAGGACUCUGAUGACAAAUCUUCGAAAUCUAGCUCUCCGAAGGAAGUAAAGUUGCUCGAGAAAACCGUCUUGGAGGAGGUUGAUAUGGAGAAAAUGUUCCCGAAAGUCGGCAAAUCCGACAAACCUGACGCAUUCGAAGAGGCGAAACCAACAAUCGCUGACGUGAAGGUCGCUGCUAUUAAAGAAACCUCGGCGUUUAUACAAGGUGAAAUAGUGGACGCGCAGAGACAAAGCGUGCCGGAUAUCGAAGAGAAGCUUUCGCCUGGCAAAUUGGAAGAAAUUAAACAAGUGGAGGCUGAAAUCAAAGAAGCGACGGAUAAAUCGCCGCCGAAAUCAAUCGAAGAUAAGGAAAUCGCGAAGAAGAAACUUUUGGACGAAGAGGAUAUCGGAGAGGAGGCGGAAGAGGUGAAAGCGCUCCUGGAGGAAGCCUCGAAGAAGUUUAAAACCGUGAAAGAUAGUUUAAGAGAUUCACUCGAGUCUUUGGAGGAGAAAAUUAAGGAGGAAGAAAUUGCCAAAAUAUUACAGGAAGUGCCGUCUUCCUCGAAAGACGCGAUAAAGGAUACUUUGGAAGGAGUGGUCGAAAAGUUAGAAGUGAUAAAGCCACAUCUGUCGCCCGACAUAGUAAAGGAGCCGGAGAAAGUUAAGUUCGCCAUACCAAAGGAUGAGGAAUUUGAAGAGGAAUACGAAGAGCAGCUAGAAGGACCUUACAGAGACAUGAAGGAGGGAAUCAGAGAUGUCGGAGAAGUUCUCGCUGGCACUGCCGGAAUCAUUCUCGACGACAAGCCGAAGGAUGUGGUGGAAAUCGUGAAGAAAGUCGCCGAGGUUCUCAGAGAGGACGAUUUUCUUUCCGGGGAAACAUUGUUUGGCCAAGAGGGGGAGAUUUCGUCAGCUGAGAGAAAGCCAUCGAUACCGAGCGAGAAAGUAUCUCCGGAAAAAGCCACCGCAUCAGAUGAAAAGGAAUCUAAACUCUCUGAGGAGGACGUUGUGGUGCCGACAAAGGUCGGCAUCACUGAGGAAUUUCCAGUUCAAGAAGAAGUCGAGGAUCUUAUUGAGAAACUCGACAGGCCGUCGACGUUGUAUCAGAAACCUGGUGCUGUCGAGAUAAAAGAGGAACCUUGCAUAAAAGUGGUGAAGGAUAAGACGGAUGCAACGUCGCCUAAGAAAGAUGCGGCGAGGGAUAUGAUAGACGCUCAGAAAAUUUGUUCGGAGAUGCUAAAAGAUGAUCAGCAUAUUUGCGAUCAGCAUAAAAAACCGACCGAUAUCGAUAUAUCUCAGGUGGACGUGAUGCAGGCUGGCAUCGAAAGUGUAUGCGUGAAGCAAGUGGCGAAACGGCCGUCACUCGAGGAGAUCGAGCAACCCGUAAUAAGCUUCGAGCAAAAGGUUUCGCCGGCGAAGGCGGAAAUAGUGAUGGUGACGCCCGGCUCUACGCCGACCUCGCCGAAAUUCGCGUCGGACAAGCUGUACGAUGAAGAAUUAGAAAUUAGUCUUCAGAACGCUCCCAAGUUGCCGGAGGACGUCGAGCAGGUUCUCAGCAAGGAAGCACCGGUCGAGGAGAUCAUCGAGGAACUGAUUAUAACGAAAAAGAAGAAGAUCACUAUCGAAAUAAUCGAGUAUAUCACCGUAGUAAAGCGCAUCCCGAGGGAGCGCGUGAUUUACAUUAUCGAGGAGAUUAUCGUGAAAAAGAAUCUGUCUAGAGAAGACGUGGUGGAUGAUCCUGAAGUUCUGAAGGUGAAGGAGUCUAUCACGCCCGAGAAAAGAAUGGAGGUUGAAGAGUACAUUGUUAACGAGUACAUCGUGAAGGGUAAACGAAUUACUAUCGAGGUCGUCGACGAGAUCUCGAUUAAAAAAGUCGUGCCCAAGAAGAUCGUCGUGGAAAUCAUCGAAGAGAUUAUCGUGAAGAAAAAGAUCGCCAGAAACAUGGUACUGGACGUUCCCGAGAACGUGCUGUCGGAAAUAAUUAAAGAGGAAUCGCCGGAGGAAUCGCCGGAAGAGUCCGUGGAAGAGCAGAUAACGCCGAGAAUAGACAUAACAACAAAGCGCGAAUCGACUACUGAAAUUCCAAGCGCACCGAUCGAAGUGGAAGAAUCGAUCGCGCCUCAACAGCAAACGGAGAUUGAAAAUUUAAUCGUGAAUGAAUACAUUAUCAAAGGCAGAAAGCUCACCACGUCUGCAAUCGACGAAAUCUCUACUACAAAGACUGUGCCUAAACAAAUUCUCAUUGAAAUUAUCGAGGAAAUUAUUAUUAGAAAGAAAAUUCCCAGAAACGCAGUGCUCGACAUUGCCGAGGACGAAACCUUAACGACGGCCGAGGUUGAAGAGCAGAAGGAAGCACCAAAGGCAGAAGAUGAGAAACGAAAGUCGGUCACUGAAGUUCCUAGCGCGGAAAUUCCGGAAACGGAAGAGCCGGUGACUCCGCAAAAGAGAGCGGAAGUUGAAGAAUACAUUGUUAACGAAUACAUUACUAAAGGAGAUAGCAUUAAUAUUCAAAAACUCGAAGAAAUCUGUAAUAAAAAGAAGGUGCCUAAGAGAAUCAUUAUUGAGAUUAUCGAAGAAAUUAUUGUUAAGAGGAAAAUACCAAGAUCUAAAGUACUUAGCGUGCCUGAAGCAGAAUUAUCGCGCAUAAUCAAGGAGGAGGAGACCCUCGAACCGGAAAUUUCGACUGAGAAGAGAAAGUCAGUCGCUCAAAUUUCCAGUCCUGAUAAAGAGAAGGAUAAAGGAGCUGCUGAAGAAGAGGAUGUCGAGGAGGAAGUGGACGGUUUCGUCAGUAUACCUAGAAGAAUUUCCGAUGAGAAGGUCGACGCGCAAAAGAAAGCGGAUGUUUCGCCUACAGCUGCGAAGGAACACGAGAAAGAUGUGAACGAUGAUUUCGAAGCUGUCGAACAGGAAUAUAAAGUACGCGACAUUCCAGUCACGUCUCCUGAAAAGGCGGAUGAAAUGCGGGAGAAAGAGGAAGCCGAAGAAGGCGCGGACGACACCACGAGCGAUGUGAUCGAGGCGGACGAGAAGUUCGUGCAAGAAACGAAAGAAAAAAUUGGAAAGGAAGAGCCGCCGGUCGCGAAAGAUAUUAAAACUAUCGACGAAAAGCGAGAGCCUGAAGAACCGGAGACGUCUGAGGUAUCGGAAAUUGUUGAUACCAUCGAAAAAUACUUGGACGAAGCUAAGGAAAAGACAGACGAUACUCUUCCAAAGGACACCAUCGUGAAAUCCGUGUCACCGGAUGAAGUAAAAAAAAUCGAGCCCGUGAUCAAAGAAAAAAUCGACGAACCACAAUUAACGAAGGAGGACAAAUCAAAAUCAACAACUCCAAUUAAAGACGAAACGUUGGAAGGUGCUGAGAUUUCCACCGAAGAAGUUCCCGAAAAAGUUGCAACCGAAGUAAAGCCGGAAACAAAACUCGCAGAUGCAACAGGCUUUGCAAGUCCUCAAGAAAUACCUGACGAAGCUUUGCGUAAAAAGAGGAGCAUUUCGAAAGAGCCAGAAGACGAAAUAUCGAAGGCGAAGGACGAAUCACUUGUCGAUGUCGCUGAGCCUUCAGAAAAGAUUGCAGACGAAGAAUUAUCAACAGACAAGCCUUUAAAAGUUGACGACGUCGGCACUGUGAAAAGAAUGCUGGUCACAGCAAGCAGCGAGGACGGCAGGGAGGAAACGGAAAUUUGUCCAACCGGCAGCAUAACUUUCAUGAAGAUCGUCACCCCAGACGAUUCUCUUAAGGAUGUGUCAGUAAAAACCACACCGGAUAAGGAUUCCUUACUCGACAAGGAAUCGUUGCGUUCCGGUGCGAGCACUCCCGAGAAGGACAGCAUUUCCGAGAAAUCGGUGCCCGAAGGUAAAGACAAGACCACUCCCGAAGAUAGUCUGGAAAAAUCACCCCUUGGCACUCGCGAUUCUCAGGAUCUCGAAGACAGUUUGGAGAAAUCGGAACCGCGUAAACCAAAGGAGAAAAUGGACGAUAUCGCAAAGCCGAAAUCUCCCGCGGAGAAAGAAGAUUUAGAAAUAUCAGAUAAAAUUGCGACUGAAACAGACAAAUCAAAGUCGCCCGAGAAACAAGAGGAACCGAUUGCCGAGCCGUUGAAAUCCGAUGAGAAGGAUACCGCGGUGGAAUCAAUCGAAAAACCAAAACUUCCAAUCGAGAAGGCGCUUCCGGAAUCUGAACACGAGAAAGCCGCCGCUGUUCCGAAAACGCCGGAGUCGCUUCGUUCAGAAGAUGUUUCACCGGCCGAAACGAUUUUCUCCAAGUCUCCCACGGAUAAACCUGAAAUGUAUUUCGCAAAGGCACCUAUUAGCGAGGAGGACGUUGAGGAAGUCUCCGGAAAAUCGCCCGAGCAGGUUGCGGACAAAAAGUUACCGGCGCCAACGGAGAGAGAAGAAAUUUUGGAUGCUGCUCCGACAGAGAAAUCAAGAUCGCCGAGCAUAAGCGGUGAAAAGCCUGAAGAGAGGGACGCGUCAGGCACACCCAGUGAGAAAUCCGAGGAGAAAGAGCCGUCCGUGCGUUCGAAAUCCCCUAGUAUCGCAGGCGAGCUAGCCGAAGACAAAGUACGGUCUCCGAGUAUUGCCAGUGUGAAGGCGGAGGAAUUAAAACUGACUGAACCGGAAGGUAAAAUCGAAGGAGAAAAAUCCAGGUCGUCCAGCAUAACGAUGGAGAAACUUCCCGAAGACAUCGUUAGCGAUAAACGUCAUAGUAUAAUAGGAGAAGAAAUUAUCGAACCAGUCGAGAAAAAAUCAAGAUCUCCUAGUAUUGCCAGCGACAAAGGAGAAAAGGAAGAUAAAAUCGAUAAAUCCAGAUCACCGAGCAUUAUUAGCGAACCGAUUGAUAAAGAAAUUUUGGAACGAAGGAAGUCUUCUGUCGCCGUUGUCGAUGAAAUUGAUGAAGGAAAGGCAGCUGAGAAAUCACGCUCGCCUAGUAUCGCGGAUAAAAUAAGCGACGAUAAAAUAAAAUUAGGAGAUGAAGCUGCCGCGGAACUAGAGAAGCCGGAAGAGAAGGAAGAAUCGGCGGAUAAAUCUAAAUCUCCGAGUAUCGCUAGUGAGAAAUCUGAGCAGGAUAUUAAAUCUCUCGAUAAAUCCAGUGUUUUAAGUGAUAAAGCCGAGAGUGGAGAAACCGAUAAGCCCAAGUCGCCUAGUGCCGUUGAAAAAGAAGCGAUAAGCGAGAAAUCGCCUAUUGUGGAAAGCGAACAUGACGAUGAAAAGGGACCAAUUGAUGAAACUAGAUCUCCGAGCGCGAUCAGCGAUAAAUCCGACGAGAGGAAGGAGGCCGAUCGUUCGAAGUCACCGAGUACAGCCGCGGACAAGCCAGACCUUCAGGAUGUAACGGAGCGUUAUUUAGAGAAACCGAAAUCUCCUAUUUUUGAUAGGCCAGAAUCGCCUAAAGCUAUUGAUAAGACUGAAGAACCACAAGAUAAAGAUAGAUCUCCCAGUGUAGCUAGUGAUAAAUCAGAUAGCAAGAAAGUAAGCGACCGUUCUAGAUCGCCAAGUAUUUCCAUAGAGAAAGUAGAUUCCAAAGUUGUGGACCUAUCAAUCGAGAGAUCCCGAUCGCCCAGCGUCGCGAGCGUUAAGGACGAUAAACUGGAACAGGUAUCGCGAUCUCCGUCGGAUAUUCCUGACAAGAGUAAGUCGCCGAGUCCAGUCGAGCAGAAAGUAGAUAUUGGAGAGAAAGAAAAGUCAAGAUCUCCGAGCAUCGCCGGGGAGCCGCACGUGUCGGAGGAAAGGAAGAAGUCUCCAAGUCCUGUCGGAGAGAAGGCAGACAGUCUCACGCAAGUCUCGCCGAUCGACAAGUCGAGAUCAUCCAGCAUUACAAGUGUGACGGAUAUCCAGAAGGAAUCGGCGGAUCGUUCGAAAUCGCCCAGCAUUGCCGACGAGAAACCGGAAGCGUCGAUAGAAAAAUCCAGAUCUCCGAGUGUGGCCAGCACUGAGCAGAAGGAAUCGGCUGAUCGUUCCAAGCCUUCGAGUAUCAUUGGAGAAAAACCCGACAUUAAAGAUGUUUUGGAACCGCCUGUGGACAGAUCCAGAUCUUCUAGCGUUGCCAGCACUGCGGAGGAAAAGAAGGAAUCGGCUGAUCGUUCGAAAUCGCCCAGCAUUACCGACGAGAAACCGGAAGCGUCGAUAGAAAAAUCCAGAUCUCCGAGUGCGGCCAGCACUGAGCAGAAGGAAUCGGCUGAUCGUUCCAAGCCUUCGAGUAUCAUUGGAGAAAAACCCGACAUUAAAGAUGUUUUGGAACCGCCUGUGGACAGAUCCAGAUCUUCUAGCGUUGCCAGCGCUGCGGAGGAAAAGAAGGAACCGUCUGAUCGUUCGAAAUCGCCGAGCGUUGCCGGAGAGAAACCGGACUUGAAGGACGUUGCGGAACGGCCGGAUGAAAAAUCAAGAUCGCCCAGUGUGAUGAGCGUCGCGAGUGAUUUGAAGGAACCUGCAGAUCGAUCGAAAUCGCCGAGCGUUGCCGGAGAGAAACCGGACUUGAAGGACGUUGCGGAACGGCCGGAUGAAAAAUCAAGAUCGCCCAGUGUGAUAAGCAUCGCGAGUGAUUUGAAGGAACCUGCAGAUCGAUCGAAAUCGCCGAGCAUUGCCGGAGAGAAACCAGAUGAAAAGGACGCUUUGGAACCGACGACGGACAAGUCCAGAUCUGCCAGUGUUGCAAGUAUUACGGGCGAGCAAAAAGAGACCGAUCGUUCCAAAUCACCAAGCGUUGCUGGCGAGAAACCGGAUUUGAAGGACGUUACGGAGCAGCAGACUGAAAAAUCACCGAGUACUUUAAGCGUCGCCGGAGAACAAGAAAAGCUCGCGGACGAACAGAAGAGCGCUAGUACCGAUAUUAAACAAGAACCGAUAGGGAGAAGCAAAUCACCGAGUAUAGCGAGUGAAAAAUCGGAUGGCAAGAAGUCGGCCGGUGAUUCGAAGUCGUCGAGCAUCGCCGGAGAGAAAGCCGAUUUGGCGGACGUCGCGGAACAGCCGACGGAUAAAUCGAAACCAUCGACAGUCUCGGACAAGAAAGAGGAACUCGAGAGAAGCAAAUCGCCGAGCGCGACCAGCGACAAGUCCGAAGAGGCGAAGUCGGCAAUUAGUUCCAAGCCAUCGAGUGUCGCGGGAGAUACGGCGGAUUUGAAAGACGUGUUGGAGCCGCCGGGUGACAAAUCUAGAUCAGCCAGCGUGACAAGCGCGACGACAGAUCAAAAGGAACCAAUUGAGAAGGCGACGUCACCCACAAUUUCGCAGGAGAGGAGCAAAUCUCCGAGUGUGGCGAGUGAAAAGUCGGAUGAUAAGAAAUCUGUCGAUAGCUCGAGAGCAACCAGUGUUACGGAGGAAAAAGCGGAUCUCAAGGACGUGAUAGAAUUGCCAGCUGAUAAAUCCAGAUCGUCUAGCGUCGCGAGCGAGAAAGCGGAAGCAAUUGGGAAAUCGAUCUCACCUACCGCGCUUGACAAAUUAGAACCACCUGUUGAUCAAAGCAAAUCUUCGGCAGUUCCCGAUAAAUUGGAUAUAAAGCCAGAUGAUGUUAUAUCGCACGACAAAUCGCGAUCCCCGAGCAUUGUUCUUGAUAAACCGAUGGACGACGAUAGGCAGCCGACAGAAGAAAUAGACAUCGAUGGAUUAAAAACAUUCGAUGCAACCGGCGAGUCGGGUUUGCCCGAUAAAACAAGAUCGUUGAGCAUUAUCAGCGACAAGACGGAACCGAAAUCGCCGUCUGACGCCUCAAAGUCGCCGAGUUCGGUCGACGAUCAGAAAGACAAAUCAAGAUCGUCUAGCGUGGCCAGCGAGAAGCUCGAUGACGUCGAUACGAAGAUUUCGCCAUCGGAAGCGAAGGAACGAUCGAUCUCGCCAAGUUUGGAUGUCGGGAAAACUUCGAAGGACGGAUCCGCCAAAUCGUCGCGCGCCAGUUCGCCGGAGGACAAGCUCGCGGCGGACAGAUCGCGUUCGCAGAGCGUGUUCGAUACCGGGGAGAAAACUCCGGCCAGCGGAUCGAGAACGGCCAGUUUAUUCGACGAAAAGCCGCCGGAGCAAAUAGUCCCUCAAGAGAAGGACGAGCAUAAGGAUUUGCCGAGGAAGAAAAGUUCCGUAACUUCUCCCGAGGCGAUUCAGAGGGAGAUGCAGAAGAUUCGCGAGAAACGAUUUGCCGAUUUCGAGGAGCCUGACGCUGUGGAGCCGAGCAAGAUAGAGAAGUCGGACGACGAGGAGGAAGGCGUCGUGAAGGUGACAGCCGAGAAAAGAGCGGAGAUCGAAAAGUACAUUCUGGAGGAAUAUAUCGUGAGGAAAAGAAAGAUCAGUUUGGUGGUGAUCGAAAAAUUGGUUAUGAUGUAUUCGGUGCCUCAGUUUAUAGUGAUGGAAAUAAUAGAAGACAUUAUCAGCCGGCAAAAUAUACCUAGAAAUACGGUUCUCGACUUCCUCGACGAUUUAAAAGAGAAGAGUCCGGAUGUCGCCGAAGCGAAAGAGAAAUCCGUUGUGCCGACCGGUGUGGAUUUAGGAGGAAUCGCUUUCGCUCAAGAGCAUCUUCAGGGCCACGCGAAGCCAAGCGGCGUGAGGGGCGAAAGCCCAGACGGCAAGGUGUCUCCCGCAGGUAGCGAUCGACACGACAGAGACGGGAGAGCGCUUUCCGCCAGCCCGAGCCCGGAGCCGAUUCCUUCCGAUAAAUCGACUCAGGACAGCCCGGCUCGAUCGGAGCCGCAUAUAGACGAAGAGAUUUUGAUAUCGGAAGAGAAGCGGGUGGAAACCGAGAAGCUGCUGGAGGAGGAGUACAUAAAGAAGGGCAGAAAGAUCACGGAGGUGAUUCUCGAGGAGAUAAUUAUCAGGACUUCCCUGCCCAGAUACAUUAUUUUGGAAAUCGUGGAGGAGAUUAUAUUAAAGAGAAAGAUCCCACGGGAAUCCGUGAUCGACCUGGAAAUUUACCAGGAGGAGGAACCGGAGGAAGAUUACGACAAGGCGAUGUAUCGCUUCGACAGAGUGGCGGACGGCGGAACGGCGGACUACGAAAUGACGCGUGGCGCCAGGAAACCUUCGGUGGAGUACGGAAUGGAGUAUUCGCCGUCGGGCGAGCGGCAGGAGGACAAGUCCGCCGAUUACCCGAUAGGCUACGAGAGCCAGUUCCAUAAGGCCUUCGUUGGCGGAAUGACGGAAAUGCGGACGACGCAUAUAACGACGCUCUCCGGAAAGUCAACGCCGGAGUUCACCUCGCCGGAAUCCGGAGUCGAAUCUGCUGACAAAGCAUCCGGCAAGCUGCCGGAGCAUCCUUUGACCACGACGCACAUCACGAAAACCGACCCGCAUGACUUGAAAACAAUUCAACCCAUGCAAACUGUCACGAUCCUGAGAGAGAGCAAAAUCGGAGAACCUGCGGACGAACCGGAAGAAACUGCGGAGGAAGGAGAACAAUCUACAGAUGAUAUUAUUGUGGUUAAAAAGAUAGUCAAACGCGAGGUUGAAGAGGAAGAACCUGAGAAGGUGGCAAAGGAAUCGGUUAUCGAAGACGUUUCGGAAUCAAAGCACGAGACAGCCGAACCGCAAGAGCAGCCGGAAGUGCUUGCCAAGGAAAUUAAACGACCGAGUGUCCAACAGGAUGAGCCCGAAGCGAUUACUAAAAUCAUUAAGCGAGAAAUCGUGGAGCACGACGAGCCCGAAGUGAUCACCAAAGUCGUGAAACGCGAGAUCAUCGAGCAGGACGAGCCGGAAAUUAUUACAAAGGUGAUCAGACGUGAGAUCGUCGUUCCCGACGAGGAAGUGGACGAUUCCAACGAAGAUACCGGCGAAUACGUGAAGACGAUCACAACGAAAACAACAAGAACGAUUGUGACGGAGGAGUUGCCGGACGCCGAACUGUCGCAGACCGAUCCUUCGAAAAUUUACACAGAUCCGACUUCAGGCACGACGUACAGAGUCGUGAGCGACGACGGCGCGUCUGACGCAACGGCCAGCGCCGACGUGAAGCGCAUCGUGACGACAGUGACGACGAUCACCGGUCCGGACGGCAAAAUCACGACGAAGAAAGACGUGACCGAGAGCACCGACACUGUCGACAGCGAGGAGUUGUUGGAGAAAUUGAUCGAUUCCGGCAAGAUCACGGCGGAAACCACCAAGUCCGCGGAGAAAAUUAUCAAAGAAACAAUCACGACCGUGACGUCGGGCACCUCGACGCCGGACGUGAAAGCCUUCUACGAUUCCGGGAAAUCGACGCCCGAUUUGAAGCACGAGGAGAAAGUCGAGCCCGCGGGAAAAGAGCGCUUGAGCGCGGAGAAGCUCGAGCACUCGGUGUCUCCGUUGGUGCGAGAUUUGAUGUCCGACGAUAAGAGCUACUCGGGCAAGUCCUCGCCGGACAUAUCGCUGCCCAAGGACAUCGUUUUCAGCGGCUCGACCGGAAAAUCCACGCCGGAAGUGCCCAUGUCGCCGUUGAUCAGAGACGGCGCCGCGAUUCAGCAUCAUUUGUCAUCGGGAAGAUCGACGCCCGACAGACGGUCCGACGGUCGCUCGUCGACGGGCACGCCGGAAGGAUUUAGAUCCGGCGAAAUGAUACGCACCACCAUUACGACCACGAAGACGAUCUCUGACGAGGGUGAGAUAGUGACGACCACCAAAGAGGUCACGGAGACGACGAAUGAGAAGGGCGAGACCGUCGUUUUGGCGGAGAAAACCGACGUGAAGGUGGACGAACGCGGGCCGGGCAAGGAUUCGGCGGAGAGCGCGAUCAGCAGCAUCAUCAGCAGCAUAAAAUCCUCGGAGCAGCAGCGCGGCGGCAGCGCGGGCUCCGACGACGAGCCGCCCGGCUCGCCCCUUUCUUCCACCUCGCAAGCGGGAUACGAGAAGGAGGAAGAGAGGCAGGUCGAGUUUUCGGCGGCUGCGAUGAGCGGCAGCUUCUACGGCGAACUGCCGGCUGUGCCGCCGCAGAUCUCCGCGAUGAAGACUUUCCACGGGGAGACCGGCAUGCAGAAGAGCGGCGGCGAUCCCGCUCACAGCCGAUUCAUGGUCGAAAAGGAGUUCGCUGGCGGUUACGGCGAGAAGCCGGACGCGAAGAAAUACGUCGACGAGGCCGAUCUGGACUUCGACAAGGCUUUGAUGGAGCACAAGGAAAUGAAGGAGGCGAGCGGCGCCUUCAGCGGCGGUAUUACGCCGAGAUAUACGAACGGCAGUCUUCGACACGAGACGGGUGCCACGCAGGAACGUCCGUCGUCUUCCUUCCGGGAUGACGCUAAGGACGAUUCGAAGAGCGACUCGAAGAAGGAUCCCCUGGAGGGAUGGGGAUCCCCUCUCGGCUUGCCAUCUCCCAAGCCACCCAGGAAAUUCAACCUGAAGAGUCCUGUUCAACCACAACCGUCAUGCUCGAGCGAGACGACUGCCGAUACCUUGAAUUUCGAUCUUGUGAAAGAUUGGGGAGAACCUCUUAGAUUGCCGUCGCCCGCGCCGGUGACCAACGAAGUUUCAAAUAAAGGAGCACCUAGCACACCGAAGAAGGAACGAAAGCAAGCGAAGAAGAUCCAGUCGGAGAAUAUAAAGAAUAAAAAACGCUCGGAGAGUCCUGGCAAGAAUGAAAAGAAAAUGAAAGACUCGAAGAAUAAAAUACAGCCGGUCUACAUGGACUUGGCGUACGUGCCACAUCACGGAAAUUCUUAUUACACUUCCUUGGAAUUUUUCAAGAGAGUGCGAGCGAGAUAUUAUGUCUUCAGCGGCACAGAACCUAGCCGAGAGGUUUACGAUGCUUUACUGGAAGCUAAAAAGACUUGGGAAGACAAAGAACUUGAGGUAACCAUGAUACCGACGUACGACACUGACACCCUGGGUUAUUGGGUCGCCGACAAUGAAGAGGCGCUCGCAGCAAACCACAUAGACUUAUCGCCGUCCGCGUCUCGGUGCACUAUCAAUCUCCAGGAUCACGAGACUAGUUGCAGUGCCUACAGGCUCGAGUUCUAGGGAUUGGCAGCCUGCUCAGCCGUAAUAGUCGAGUUCUGAGCGGCGUCCGGAACGCGUCAUCAUUCCGUUUUUUGGACCCAUUCCUAUAGAAAUACAAAAGAAAAAAAAAAAAGAGGAAAACGCCGAGCGCAGGCCGACCUACCGUCCCGUCAGGCGAUCCCUGACCUUCUUUCUAGAAGACAAACGGCUUUUCGAAUUUUUGAGAUUCUCUCGCGGUUAUAGCUCUGCGGCCUAUCAGGAUCGUGGAAAUUCUAUUCAAUAAUCUUGGAAAUUGUCCCGAGGAAGCAGGACCGACCUUCGAUCGUGCAGUUCUCAAAUCGAGAUGUUUAAUCUAAGUUAAGAUGUUCCCCCGUAUUCUUUCGCGAGGAGACGGCGCGGGCGACGAGAAGGGAGAAAGAGAUCACAAGGGUUUUCCCUUACACGGAUACAAGGUAUAAAUUAAUUAAUUACUUACUUUUAAGAAGCCGAUUAUUGAUAGAGAGAAUCCCACAUUCGAUUAAUUCGCACUGUGACAACAGUGGCGUCCGUCGGGUAUCCUUGGUCUAACGGAUAUUUGUAUUUCUACACUUUGCACCGUUUUGCCCGUAGCGCGCUGAUACCGUGUGUAAUAUCUUAUCAAUCACUGCUCAAGUUAUAAAAAACGAUUCGUUCUCACGAAGGUUUCACGUUCAAGCGAAGAGGGAGAUGACGAUCGCGAAUCGACGACGAUCCGGAAGUGCCGCGGCCUGGGACAAUCCUGUACGCUAGUUUACCGAAUAAAAUUGAGACUUUUAGAAUAUUCCAAUUCCCGACUCGCGAUCCGCACAGCGGGUUCGAAAAGUCGCAGCGGCAUCCUUCUUGCCCCGCCCUCUCCUCGAUCAGCAGAUUAAAGUAAAACUUUUAAUAUCUCUGACACAGCUGCCGCUUCAAGAGCACCGCGUAGUAUUCAGUGUAUUCAGUUAAAAAGAAAAAAAAAGAAAAAAAAGAAAACGAGAGAAGGAUAUCACGAGAGAAACAUCUUACCUUGAAAGACAUAUUUGCGAACGGGACGAGGCGCGCGUUCGCGAUGGACGCGCGCGCGCGCGCGACGAUAUGAGGAGGAUCCGCCGAUGGAUCGUCGUCUUUAACGUGAGACACCGCGAGAUAUGCCCGAGGAGAGAACGUUUACCUCCGAAACAUUGUCCUUCGUUGUUAACAGUCCCCCUUUCUCAUCGUAAAUGUCUAUUCGUGCGUAGGUAAAACGGCUAAAUUCCAUCGGGAAGCACUAGGAUAGGAAUUAUCUGUGUCGUGUUUCUAUAUCGUAGAGAAUAGAGAUUACGGGAGCGAUGGUACGCGGGCAGACUUUUCCGUCUGCUUUGCCACUGAGAUCCGCGUAGGCGAGCGCGAGCCGAAUUCGGACGAGAACGGCGCGGCGACGAAGAGAAGACCUGGCGAGCGUUUCGUUACUGCGAUGGAAGGGCGAUAAUGACACAUCUCGAGACGUCCAUCCAACGGACGAUCGUCCGUCUUCGAUGUUUUUUUAACGAGGAUACCCCCUGUGUUUCCUGAGGUUUGCGACGCGGACGGGACUUCGGAAAACAUUGGUCGCGGUGGCGAGUUUUCAGAAGCAUCACCUUUCCCGCGAGACUUUGCGACGAUGAUGAUUUCGACGUUGACGUCGUUUUCGCGGGAGAAACGAGCGCUGAGAGCAAACGUGACCGAGUCACUGCGUCGCGCAAACAAGUUUGCAACCCGUCCGCGUAAGACGGGCGGAAGUUGCGAGAUUUUGCAACUUCGUUCGAAGUUUCUCCAAUUCCAGUGAUGCCUAAAAAAAACCUUCUGAGCGAAGGAAGAACUGUCUGGCGAAGAGUGAUCUGUCGAAGAAAGUUCUGCGAACGCGGAACGAAGAGUGAUGGAGAAAACUCGGCUGACAGGCGGCACGAAAGAAGGAUCGCUGGAUGCUUAAGGAUGAAUUAGCGGACGGACGGAAGCGGAAUCUCCGCCGCAGCGAUAAAGUCGCGUCAUCGUCCGCGCAAUGACAGAUCAAACGUAUCUGUUGCGCGAGUGGAGUCUCGUAAAACUCGGGGAAAUGAUUUGCCCCGAACGACUGUCUCGCCCGACCACUGUUUUCUGAGGUGUUGGCGAGAUCGUUCACCUCGAAGAAAACCGAUUGUUACCUCUGGAAUAGAUAUCCGCUCCCGGACGGACUUGGCUGUACGUCUCUGGCGAACUUGAAGUUAACGAAGUCCACUCGGGGAGUCGAUUAAAGUCGAUGAAACUUUUUGUACUUAACUUUCUCUGAACUAGGACGUUUCAUUGCAAAAGUCGAAGCGUGUCAAACUGGCGAAACGGUGAGCACAUC